AUGAAAGCCGCUAUUAAUACUUGUAAACAUUUAAAUGUUAAAUCAAUAAUUGUUGCUGUUCCUUGUGGCCCAACUGAUGGUGUUAAGGAUAUUAGUAAAUCAGUUGAUAAGGUUAUAUGUUUAACAACACCUGAUCAUUAUCAUGCUGUUGGACAAUGUUAUAAUUCAUUUGAUCAAACAACUGAUGAAGAAGUUAUUGAAAUUCUGGCUAAAUAUCAAGAUUUAAAUAUUGAAAAUAUUUCAAACAGUUAUUAA